AUGUCAUCAGGUCUAUUCAGGGCCCUGAGGUUGUCGUACGACAAGCAGGAAAUGGCCCUCAAAAUUGUUAUUCUGUCACUUGCAGGAGUUGUUGCUUUUUCGAGCCGACUCUUUUCGGUGUUGAGAUUCGAAUCGGUGAUUCACGAGUUUGAUCCGUAUUUCAAUUAUCGAACCACACGAUUUCUAACAGAGCAAGGUUAUUACAAUUUCCAUAAUUGGUUUGACGAUCGUGCUUGGUAUCCACUUGGACGAAUCAUAGGAGGAACUAUAUAUCCAGGGUUAAUGGUGACGAGCGCAUUAAUAUAUCGUGUUUUGCACCUGCUCAAUUUCACGUUGCAUAUUCGCGAAGUGUGCGUAUUUCUGGCACCAUUGUUCAGUUCGUUCACAGUCAUCGUUACUUAUCUGCUCACGAAGGAACUUAAGAGUGACGGUGCGGGUCUAAUAGCGGCAGCACUGAUAGCAAUAGUACCUGGAUAUAUAUCUCGAUCAGUUGCGGGUUCAUAUGAUAAUGAAGGAAUUGCCAUCUUCUGUAUGUUAUUGACAUAUUUUUUGUGGAUUAAGGCGGUCAAAACUGGUGUAUUGUAUUGGGCGAUAGUGUGUUCUCUAGCCUAUUUCUACAUGGUUUCAUCGUGGGGUGGAUAUGUAUUUCUUAUCAAUCUUAUACCUUUGCACGUUUUGGUGCUGAUUUGUACCGGUCGUUUUUCACAUAAAAUCUACAUUGCAUAUUCAACUGUUUACGUGAUUGGUACGAUACUUUCGAUGCAAAUUCCAUUCGUCGGUUUCCAACCCGUGCAAACAUCUGAGCAUAUGGCUGCGUUCGGCGUAUUUGGAUUGUGUCAGUUGGUUGCGUUUGCGAAUUGGUUACGUUCGAAAAUGAGUGAAAACAAUUUCCAAAUUUUAUUCCGAUCAGUUUUAGUUGCAAUUGCAUCCGUUUUUGCUAUGGCUCUCGGCGCGGCAACAUUCCUCGGAAAAAUUGCACCAUGGACUGGUCGUUUCUAUUCGUUAUUGGACCCGUCUUAUGCGAAGAAUAAUAUUCCAAUUAUUGCCUCUGUCUCUGAGCAUCAACCAACUGCAUGGAGCUCGUUUUAUUUUGAUUUACAAUUCCUCGUCUUCACAUUCCCCACUGGUUUAUAUUUCUGUUUCAAAGAGCUGAAUGACCACAAUAUUUUCAUCAUCCUUUACGGCUUGACAAGCAUCUAUUUUGCUGGAGUGAUGGUUCGAUUGAUGUUGGUCUUAGCGCCAGUAAUGUGCAUACUGAGUGGAAUUGCUGUAUCGUCGUUACUUCAAACAUAUAUGAAGAACCUUGACUCGGUGAGUAUUCAUUUAGCAUCUGCUAAGCACGACAAGAAGGACAAAGACCGCAAUUAUCCAUACAAAAACGAAGUGGCACAAGGAGUGAUUGGAGUAUUGGCAUUAUUCAUGUUCACUUACGUUUACCAUUGCACCUAUGUAACAUCAGAAGCAUACAGCAGUCCAUCAAUUGUUCUGUCGGCACAUUCCGGUGAUGGAGGAAAUAUUAUCUUCGACGAUUUUAGAGAAGCUUACUAUUGGCUGAGACAGAAUACACAUCAGGAUGCGAAAGUGAUGUCGUGGUGGGAUUAUGGCUAUCAAAUAACAGCGAUGGCGAAUAGAACUGUUAUCGUUGAUAACAAUACCUGGAAUAACACACACAUUUCACGUGUUGGACAGGCGAUGUCUUCGAAAGAAGAAGACGCAUACGAAAUAAUACGUGAAUUGGAUGUUGAUUACGUUCUCGUUAUAUUCGGUGGGGUUACUGGGUAUUCGUCUGAUGACAUAAACAAAUUUUUGUGGAUGGUGAGAAUUGGGGGUUCGACUGCAGAAGGAUCGCACAUAAAAGAGAGUGACUAUUUUACGAAAUCGGGUGAAUUUAGAGUGGAUCGUGAGGGUUCAUCAACAAUGCUUAAUUGCUUGAUGUAUAAAUUGAGUUAUUAUCGAUUUGGAGGACUGUACACGCAACAGGGGCGUCCAACUGGAUUCGAUCGUGUGCGUCAAUCGGAGAUCGGUAAUAAGGACUUUGCACUUGAUUACUUGGAUGAGGCAUUCACCAGUGAGCAUUGGAUUGUACGUAUCUACAAAGUACGUUGCUCUCAUUCCAUUUCUUACUUUUGA